GAUCACCAGCUGUUCGGUUGAAAUCUCGCCCCUGGCCGCUACCUGUAACACCUUAUUUGUUAACAGGAAUACGUAAAACUUUGCUAUGUGGUGUAAUCAGAACAAUCGGGCAUUGUUUGAUGAUAAGCCGGCAAGAAUGUAGGUACCUGUUUAGAAAUAUUUGUGAUAUUAAGUAUUCCGCUUUGAAUUUGUGAUAAGUUUAAAUGGUUUAAUUAUUUUGUUGUCGUUUCUUUUUACAUUUCUUAUUCAAAUCCUCGUGCUUCGUGAAAGAAGCACUUUACAGUCUACCCCCUAGCUCUACCGAAAAACAGAAAGAUAGAAAAUUUUGAAUCUUCGAAUUUGCUCUGUAGAAAAUUGAAAUCGUGUUUCCUUGAUGCUUUUCUGUCAUAUCUUCGAUUUAAAAUUCUAAUUUUGCUGUUAGCCCGAGGCGCAGUGCAAUGGUUUUAUCAUGUACAAUUUGAUGGGUGGUUCACAAUUCAGUGAGCUGAACGUAAAUUCCAUGAGGAAUGAGCAGUACUAUAACAGAGAGACGUCUAAAUUUCCAUGUGGAAUAAACACGAGUUAUAAAAACAAAAAGUGUACAUGACGUGCCGCUCAAAUCUUCGUAAUUGUACCUUUCAGUGAUAACAUUAACAGCUCAUUCAUAUCAAAUUUCAUCGACAUUCAAUUCUAGCCCUAAAUUGUUAUUGAGUAGAUGCCAACAACAUUUUUCAACGGAAUAUAUUAUUGGCUCUCAAUUUACAUGAAUUGUUUUUCUUAAAGCUGGUCACUCAUUCUCUUAAAUUUAUAACUCUACAUAGGAACUCAAAUAUUUUCUAGUUAAACUAUCAGCUUCUACGAUAUCGGCUUCUACGACAUGUCCGCAGACAAUUUUAACUUAGGGUAACUCUGAUAUUUGUAUACAUCGACCUCACCAAAGCACGUAUCUUUAGAUAAAGGGGAAGAUUUCAGUAUGGUUAUAAAUAUAAUUGUCAGCACUCAGUAUGUUUUAGAAUAUGUAUUUAUUCUCCAACAUUUACAACUUUGUAGAAGUCUGAUAAUUUGAUUGUUUCUGUUUUCUCUGGAAAUUUGAUCUCUUUGCUAACGAGGCCAGCAGUCGGGAUGAAGAUGUCGACAAAAGACCCCUUUGGAGAUGAUUCAAUUUCAACGACAACAGGAUCAAUGCUCGAUGAUGACGAAGAGGAAAUGACAUCGUUAUCUGAGAGUGACCCCCUGGUGCGGGAGCACAGGAACUCAAUCCCACUAAAAACCAAGGGCAGUUCUGACAAGGAGAUGACAGGUUCAAGAAAUUCUGGAUACAGCAAAGUUCAGCUUCAUUGAUGUGAUGUUCCUGGUAGCAUUGGGACUGAUAGGCAUUGCAGAUUCAAUGCAAGCUUGCUACAUCGCUAUCGUUCUACCUGUUUUAAAGUGUCACUGGAGCCUAACUGCCACACAAAUAGCGGUUGUAACCUCUCUCUCCUUUACCGGUACCGGUCUGGGAGGUAUCGUUAUAGGUCCUCUCUCUGACAGGUACGGAAGAAAACCAACGGCGAUGAUGACCUCCUUUGUUCUCUUUUUGUCGAUGGUGUCAUCUUCUUUUUCUCCUGACGUUUACGUCUUCCUUUUCUUCGCAAUAGUUGGAGGUCUUUGUGUGGGGGGUUCUCUGUCGAUUGCGUACACUUAUUGGGCCGAGGUAUCCAGCAUGGCACACAGGGCGGCUGGCGUAGUCGUUAUCACAAUGUUCUGGAACUCCGGAAUGACAACCUCAAACGGGUUUGCUCUUCUCGUGCUCAACAGAAUUGGAUGGAGAUUAUACUCAAUUAUAAUGUCUCUACCAGCACUAGUUGCAGUCAUAAUACUGUGUUUCCUUCCUGAAUCCCCCAAAUUUCUAAACAGUAACAGAAAACAUGAUUCUACAACGCCAAUAAAAGCUAGUCUCAAACGAAAGCUAAGAGCAGCCAACACAAACCUGAACCUUGAUAGAAUCACUAUAUUGAGAGAACCAGGUACUGAUCCCCAAACUGGUGGCGGGAACAGUAUAAUGCGCUCAUUUGCAACAAUCUGCAGUGAUGGAUUAAGGUGGGACACCCUCAAAAUUCUGGCUAGCUAUGCUUGUCUCCAGAUGUUGUAUAAAGGGCUUCUCUACGUUGUAGCAACAAUGUUUGCGCAAAAUUUCUGUGGAUUGAAAGUAGGAGGUUCAAUGUCAGACAUCAGUUCAGAUAGUGGGGUUGAAGGUUGCGCGACUCUCAGUAACGGAGACUUGAUCAGUGGCAUUCUCCUCUCGGCUGCAUUCUUUCCAUCAACUAUAGUCAGUGUUUACCUAACAAAGAUAAUCGGAGCUAGCAGAGCGCUCAUAACAUUUGCAGUUUGCUGCCUGAUAUCCUGUGUCAUCCUGACGAUCUGCCUGCCCGUGCCAAUAGGUUUCAUAAACCUGGGUAUGCUCAUCUUCAGUGUGGCAGCCAUGUCGCUUGUAUUUUACAUGAUUCUCCCUCAGAUGUAUCCGACAGUUGCCAGGAACUCAGGUUUCGGUCUGGUUGAUGGGGUUGGUAAAUUAGUUGCUUCAGUUGGUAUUUUUGCGAUUACUGCUGCGUUAGACUCAUCAGUACGAGGGGCGCUUGGGAUUUUGAUCAUAAUAUGUCUUCUUAUAAACGUGCAGGUCUUUUUCCUGAAGGUUAAAAGUGAUGAGCUGGGUUCAGAUAGUGAAAUAAUGAAGGAAGAUAACAGUCAAUUGCCAUACGUUGAUUGAAGAAGAAAUGAUUAGCUGGGAUCAUCAAUUUAGCUUUCACAUUUUACCUAUCGAAUUGGGUUUAAAAUCAUUUCGAGCGAGAGCAAUGUUUUUUAUUUUCAAUGUACUAGGCGAUAAUAAGUUUUAUUAGGCAAUAAAUUAAUUAGGCUCUAAAUUACUGAAUAGACAUCUAAAAAAGCUUGACUUGAUGUGCUGUCACUUUGUAGUACCACAUGAAAAUUUAGACAUAUGACAGACCAGAGUUCAACUUAGUGUUGAUCAACGGUCUGACGCUAAUUACGAAAAGCUUGAAAAGAAUCUGAUAUAUGAAGAAUGUGACCAGUGCUUCAGUGUGGGAGUGUUCCAUCUCUGUUUAACUGGAUUGCUGAACAUUCUGACACAGUUACACUGCUGGUCAUAUCUUGUUGUCGGGUUUUCUAUCUUGUUUUGUUCAAGCAUGCUUGUUAUUAACAUUUAUUUUUUCAAGUUGUGUCGACAAAUUCUUAGUUCAAGUAGAAAACCAUUAAAUAUUCACGAGUUCGUUAUAAGAUAUAAUUUAACAUGAUUUGAACCAUUUGUAGACUGAUCAUUGUUUUUGAUAACUUUUGAUUCUAAAUCGGUG